AUGUACCUGAAGAUCAAAGAUGACCAGUGUGAUGGAACAGGCACAGGUGAUGAAUACUGUCACUUUAAAAUUGAGAAGAAUUUGGAAACUGGAUCUAUAAGUCUAGAAUCAGUGCAAAAUAAAGGGAUAUAUGUUGGUCUCCUGCCAGAUGGCCAAACUAAACCAGUCGUUAACACUGGAGAGAGAAAUAUUUUUUUCUACCCACAGGUCAUCAAAUUUGGCCGGGAAGAACCUAUGGGAACCUCUGCAGCACCCAACCAAGAGAAGAAAGACUUCAGAGAAUCUCAGCUCCAACCAGGAAAAGCCCAGAAGCUGGUAUCUCAAAGCCCUUCAACUUCCCCAUCCUCCAAGGACAUGAGAAAUUUCCAAGGUGGUGAGCAUUCCCUUCCUUCAGAUGAUGAAUGGAAAGUGUCAAUACUGACAGGAAAUGCAGGAACUGAAGCAAAUGUUGCUCUCUGGAUAUAUGGAGACAGAGGAGUAGCUGGACCAAUAACUCUUGGCGAGGACAACAGGAAACAGCUGUUUCUUCCCAGGCAGGAAGACGAAUUUCAGCAUGGCAAUGCUGUCACUAUAAUGCAAAAAUUUAUUAUACAGAAGCGCAAAAAGCCAAAAGCUGAUAUAGGAAAUGAGGUUGAAAUAAAAAGCAUUGGGAAAAUCUACAAGAUAAGAAUUGAAUUUGAUGGAUUACCAAAUGAACAAUCAGAGUGGAACUUACAAAGGGUGACGCUGCAACAUCUAAAGAGCAAGAAAACACUGAAUUUUCCAGCAAACACACGGUUAUCAAAGAAUUGUGAUGGCAGAGGAUUUCUCUGUGAACUUCCAGUAGUGGAAGCUGGAAAACCUAUCUAUCCAAUUGUUUUAUACCAUGUUUAUGUCUACACCGGUGACUCGGAGCAUGCUGAUACAGAUACUGCAGUUUAUUUGUGCAUCUAUGGAAAAAGAGGAGAUUCUGGUCUACGACUUCUGCAUAAAACUGGUAUGCCAGUGACAUUUCAGAGAAGAAUGGUCAAUGUUUUUGAAGUGGAAGCUGUGUCUCUUGGGAAGCUGCAGAAGGUGCUGUUGCACUGUGAGGCCAAUAGCAAGCCCCAGUACUGGUACUGUGAUAAAAUCGUUGUCAGAGAAGCCUCCAGCAACUCAGAAUAUGUUUUUAAUUGUGAAAGGUGGAUUCCAUUUAUGUCCCAAGGUAUAAUCCAAUCAGAAAUUGAGCUGUACCCUCAAGAGUUUAAAAAAAAUCAGCAUCUGAAAAUUCAAGAGGCAAAUGAAGGAGACUGGAAGAUUACUGUAGUCACUGGAGAUUUUGAAACAGCUGGCACAACAGCAACAGUAUCCCUUUACGCUUAUGGAGAAAACAAAGCUUCUGGUCCUAUUAUUUUGGGAUCUGGGAAACACCAGCUGUUUAAUCCCAGCAGUGAAGAUACAUUUAAGAUUAAUCUCGGAGAUCUUGGGCAGCUAUAUAAAAUCCGCAUUGGCCAUGACAACACUGGAAAUGAUCCCAGUUGGUACCUGAAGGAAGUCAAACUUGAAAGAGUAGUCCCUCGUUCUGAUGAAGAGAUUUGUCUCCCCAUAGAGUGCUGGCUUGCGGAAGACAAGGAUGAAGGUGAUACGUGGAGAGAAGUGGCAAUAAGAAACCCUGCAAAGGAACUUUUGCCAUUGUUGGUGUAUGAGGUCCGUGUAUACACAGGUGCUGAACUUGGUGCUGAAACAAAUUCCAACGUUUAUAUCAAUCUCAUUGGGAUAAGAGGAGAUACUGGCAAAAGGAAGCUCCACAGAUCUAAGAAUAAUAAUGUAAAAUUUCAACGUGGACAGAUGGAUAUUUUCUGCAUAAAGGCUGUCUCACUGGGAGACUUGGAGAAAGUUCUGAUUAGCCAUGAUGGAGCUGGUCCAGGCAAUGGAUGGUUCCUGGAUAAGAUUGUCAUCAAACAUAAAGAAGGAGAGGAAGCUCAGGAGGUUGUAUUUCCUUGUAAUAGAUGGUUAGAUGAAUGCCAAGAUGAUGGGAAAACUGAAAGGGAGCUAACUGCCAAUGAGGACGGCAGUUCAAUGAAGGCGUUCCUCAAAGCACAACGGUGGAGAGUGCAGGUUAAAACAGAUGGAGAUUCCUCAGAGCCACAGGAGUGUAAAAGGACCCUUGUGAUUUAUGGCUCAAAGGGCAAAAGUGAUGAGCUUCUGCUUUCUCCACAAACCCCUGGCUAUGUGUGCUUUCUGCCCAGAGCAACUGAUGAAUUCACUUUUGAGACUGGAGAUCUGGGAGACAUAUACAAGAUUCGAGUCAGCUGUGAUGAUGUACCAGGCUUUCAGGGUUGGCAUCUGAAGUCUUUUUGCUUAGAAGAGUUACACACAAAACAAGAGCUGAACUUUGACUGUAACUGCUGGCUUACUCUUAACAGAGAAGACAAGGAGCUGGUGAAAGAAUUCCCUGCAGUCACCAAGGACCAGAAAACUUUACCAGUCUGUAAGUAUGUUGUCUCUGUGCAUACUGGCGAUCGCUGGGGAGCAGAGACUUUUGCAAAUGUUUAUAUCACUCUCUAUGGCAAAAGAGGGGACACAGGCGUGAGGAAACUUCAUACAUCUUUAACAAAAGGAAGAAAAUUUCAAAGAAAUAAGGUGGAUUCAUUUUUGGUGGAAGCUGUUUCUCUGAGUCAUUUGCAAAAAGUGGUCAUAGGACAUGACAGAGAAGGCUAUGGGGCAGGGAUGUACCUCAAGAUGGUAACAGUCAAAGAAUCACAAGAUUCAGACAAAGAAUGGGUCUUUCCAUUGUGGAAUUGGCUUGAUACUCAUUUGGGCUUAUGUGAGACUGUUUGUGAGGUUGUAACAAUUGGUAGAAGAUUGACUUUUAGUCCUGAACCGCCUGAAAUCAACAUGAAAUCAUCAGGUCUCUGGACAAUGGUUAUCACUGGGUCUGACUUGAGCAAUGAGAAGGAUCCAAUACGCCUCUCUUUUAUCUUCUACGGCAAUCUGAGUUGCAAAAAGUUACCACUUCAAGUCACGGGGAAAGCAAUGCAGAUCAAAGAUGAACUGGCAAAUAUUGGCUCAAUACACAAAGUUCAAGUAACUGGCCCACAUAGCGAGCUAAAACAGCCAUGGCACUUAGAUUUACUGCAUAUGAAACACAUGGGCACAAAGGAAGAGAUGUAUUUAGCUUUUGACUGCUGGUUCAACCCUAAGGAAGAUAAAUGUGUGGAACUGCCGGCUCUCUAUGCAGAUCAGGAGCCUUCGCCUGUUGUGGAAUACACAAUCCAUUUGCACACGGGAGACUUGAAGAAAGCAGAUACCACUGGUGAGGUUUAUCUUUGUAUACAAGGAGAAAAAAGUUACUCCGGGAAACGAUGGCUUAACUCGAAAAAGAGCCUGAUCACUUUGGCAAGAGGGCAGGUGGAUAUUUUCAAAAUCAAAUCAGUAUACCUUGGCAAAUUGAAUCAAGUUCUGGUUGGAUUUAAAAGUCUAAAAAAAGAUGAGUGGUUCCUGGAAAAAAUUGUUAUAAAAGAAGAUUUCUACCCUUUUUCUGUGCAUGUUUUUGUUCACAAUGACUGGAUAAAUAAGCACUCCAAGAAAGAUUUUGUAGAAGUGGCAAUUCCACUCAAAGAAACAUCUGUGACGUCUCUUCUUGUGAAAAAUUUUGAUAUGAAAAGCAGAGGACGAUGGCAAACAUGGGUGCACUGUACACAAGUACCAGAAGAUGUUCCUGACAUUCAAGUUGUUGCAUUUGGAAGAAAAGGGAAAUCCCCUGCACAGAAAGUUCAAAAUCUGAGUGAUAAUCCUUUUUUGUUGACUGUUGGUGAUAUUGGAGAUAUAACAAAACUUUCCUUUAUAUUGUCCGGUCCGUCCCUGAGAAGAGGAAUUAAACUUCAUAAGCUUCGACUAAAAGACCUGGAUACUAAACAAGAGUUGGGCUUCCAUACUGAAGCCCCAUAUCUAUUUGGAGAAGAUGGAUCUGAGACUGUGACAGAGCUAGCAGCAGUCAGGCCAGACAAGCCACCACUCAAGGAAGUCCUUUACUCGAUCAGUGUUCAUACGGGAACACUGCCCGCAUCAGGGACUGAUGCAAAUGUAUUUAUUACAGUAUUUGGAGAGCAGGGAGAUUCCUGUAAAAGGCGACUAAGGCACUCGAAUUUUGAGAGAGGACAGGUUUGUAUUUCUGAAAUGAGAGCAGUAGACCUUGGACAGUUAAGCAAAGUCCUUGUUGAGCACCAUAAUGUGGGUUAUGGAGCCGGAUGGUACCUGGACCAAAUUGUCAUCCAUGAAUCAGGCAAGACUGACAACCAAUAUGUAUUUCUUUGCCAACAAUGGUUAGACAGUGGAGUUGGUGAUGCACAGAUGAAAAGAACAUUGAAACUUCUUGGAAAAGUUGGGAAUGGAAUGUUGACAGGAAAGAUUUAUGGGACUUGGGAUGUCCUUGUUACAACUAGCGAUAUUUCUUCUAAUUGCGUGAACCCUAAAAUGUCUCUAACUGUAUGUGGUGAAAAAGGAAACUGUACUUCAGUGAUAUUCCCCAAAGGAUCCCUUAAAAAAGAACAGAUUUAUGAGACUUCUAUUGAACUAAGUAAGAAAUUUAAUACUAUAUUCAAAGUUCGCUUAGAAAUUGAAGAAGCUGGAGAAGGAGAAACUUGGCAUUGCCGUGAGGUAAAGCUUCAACACAGAGAAAGUAAAAAUGUUCUAGAAUUUCCAUUUUGUCACAACUUUGCUGAUGAAGAAGGAAGAAGAGUGACUGAGCUUCCAGUUCUCACAGCAGGAUCUCCUUUUCCAGCAGUGAAAAGCUAUGUUCUCUACAUCACCACGGGUGCUACCCCUGGGUCAGGAACAGAUGCAGAUGUAUAUGUCAUGCUGCAAGGCCCAUUGGGAGAUACUGGCAGAAGAAAGCUAAUCAGAAAAGAUGACAAUUUCACUAAAGGAAAGGUGGAUGUUUUUCAAGUGGAAGCAGUAGAUGUUGGGAUUCUGCAAAGGAUGGUGGUUGAAAAAGGGAAAGGUUCUGACUGGCUUCUGGAGAAGAUUAUUGUGAAAGAAUCAGCAUCUUCAGGGACCGAAACAUUGUUUAUGGCUCAUACAUGGCUUAAAGACAGACAUGAUGGAAAAAGAUCUGCCUCAGUAGCUCUGAAUGCCACAGGUCAAUACUAUCUUCAAACUAUCAUUUGCUAA